GAGGACUUGAACGUGUGACCCCUUCCCAGUAAACUCAGGAAGUAGAAAAACAAUCAUUAUUAAAUAAAUAAUAUCAUUGUUACUAAAAUAAUUAAGUAGCCUUCAUUUCAUUUAUCAUUCGUGCUUAUUAACUGGAGGGAAAAAAUUGUAGACGAAAAUAAUAAUAAUAAACAAACACGGAAAGUCCAACUAAACUAAAAAAUAAUAGAAUUAUUAUGCAACAUCAUCAUUUCAAGAUUUUCCUUGACUCGUUAGCUAACUAUCCUCACUUGUGUGUGGAGUGGACGUUGACGACGAGGUUUCAUAAUAUUUAAUUUGGUUAGUUAGUUAAUAACGUGGCUCCGUUGGCGAGAGAUGUGAAAUGUGAAGGUCCACUUUUUUCUUCAAGUGUGAGCCAAGUUUUUCGUCAGCCCAAAAAAACAUGUGAUUUUUAUUUAUUUAUUUAUUUAAAUAUAUCUCGUGAAAAAAAUCGGAUAUUUAUGAUAAUCAAUUAAUAAUUAAUUAAAUUAGUGAGUGGAAUCCUACGGCAAUUUAAGAAAGGAAAUAAUACAAGAUUCCGUUCUUACUUCUUGUCCUGUCUUGGAGUGAAUUAGAAGGGAAGAAAAAAUCGCCUUGUUCUUGUUCUUUUGUUCUUUUUUUUCGGUGUGAUUAAAGAUUUAAAAGUUGAAAGGAAUCGAGAAGGAAGAAAGUGAUUUUCGUGCCGAGUAGUCAUCAUCAAAAGAAGGAAGGUUUUUUUAUUUUUUCAAAUUAGUACGAGAACGGAAAUGGGGAGCGAUUUGGUCGUGGCGGAUAGCAGCCCCCCCGUCGAGAAGAACGGUUAUCACGGAGGUGGGGGGAAGAAAAUGUUGGGUGUGGAAUUCGCCCCGUUGUCGAUUCCAAUGGCUCGCCGACUGCAAACUUUCGCCGUGGCGUCGUGGAUUCUAACCUUUUUCAUCAUGGGGCCAGGCUCACUGUUUCUCCUGAUGUAUCUCCUCCUCCACCCGGGUCACACCCUCGUCCGUGCCCUCCCACUCGUCUACGCCGUCUGGUUCCUGCUCGAUCGACACACCCCAAACGAAGGGGGUCGCAGGUGCGACUGGGUCCGUCACUGGCGUCUCUGGACCUGGUAUUGUGACUACUUUCCGAUCAAACUGGUGAAAACGGGGGACCUCCCGCCCCACAAGAACUACAUUUUUUGCUCCCACCCUCACGGAAUUCUUUGCUCUGCCGCUUUCGGAAACUUUGCGACGGAAGGAACCUCAUUUUCAGAAAAUUUUCCCGGUAUCACGCCUCACCUUUUGACACUCGAAGGCCACUACUCCUUCCCACUUUACAGAGAAUACCUCAUGUCGUCAGGUGCCUGUUCAGCCUCGAAACGAAGUCUUAAUUACUUGUUAAGUCGUCCUGGAGGGGGCCACGCGGCGGUGCUCGUCGUGGGAGGAGCCCCAGAAUCGCUCGAGUCUCGCCCAGGCUCUUACAUCCUCAAGCUCAAGGAUCGCAAAGGUUUCAUCAAGACGGCGCUUCGCCAUGGAGCAUCACUCGUGCCGAUAUUCUCAUUCGGAGAAAUUGAAAUCUACACCCAAGUCCAUUUUCCCACUGGAUCCAAGAGAAAGCGGAUCCAGUCCAGGUUGCAGCGCGUCCUGGGACUCGCGCCGUGUCUCUUCAAUGGACGCGGUAUCUUCCAGUACUCGUUUGGCAUCAUUCCACAAAGACGGCCUUUAACGACUGUGGUGGGAGAGCCGAUCGACGUGCCGAAAACGGCGGAUCCCACAUCCGCCGACAUCGAUGCCCUCCACGCCAAAUAUGUCGCCAGUCUACAAAAACUCUUCUACACUUAUCGCGACCUCUACGCCACACCUGAGACUGAACUGAUCAUCAUUUAAUUAAAAACGUAGUUGUUACACAUAUUAGUUUUUUAAUAGCUGUAGCCUAUUAUUUUUGCAAGUUGUUUUAUUUUUCAUGAAAAUUUGAGGGGUUUCAAAAAAUGUGUGACACUCACUUUCUUCGAUAUAUGUAUGUAGAUUUACGAUUUUGUCCAACAAAACCGUCGGAAUAAAUGAUGCAACCGCUUUGAGAAAAGUUUUCUUAUCACUGAACCCAGAA